CAUUUGGAAGACUUUUCGAAUGACAGUUAUGUAUCAUUACAAUUUUUAAGGUUAUAAAUUUUAAAAACAAACAAUAAAACAUUUGUUAUGAAUUUAUACUGAAAACAAUUUAAGUUCAAAAUGCUCAGAAAACUAAGGCCUAUAUUUUCUACAUUCAACGCCAAAUUCUCCACACGUUUAGAAAUAGAUCCGAAUCUCCGGGAUAGGUUCGAAUCAGACCAAUAUAAGCCAAGGAAUCAUCCCGGCAGGUCGAGAGUUAAGAUCGCUAAAAUACCGAAUGAAAUACAGAACGCUAUAAAAAUCAUCUUACAAGACAGCGGCGCUAAAAGUUAUUACGAGGAGAGUGUGAAGUUAAAUAACUAUCUCAUAUCAAGACAUUUACCGCCUGAAGAAAAUGAAAUAACAGAAAAAGCAGCAAAAAUACACAGGAAUGUAUCGAAGAGGUAUUCAAAACAGAACGGCGAUAUGAACCUGGCGGAAGAUAAGAUUAAGACAACAGUUUUUAAUAUAUUAAAAAAAAACGUCUACCGCUGGGCAAACAUAGCGUACGACCAACCAACUAGCUUGCAAUACUUGAUGGCGAGAGCGGCUCCGGAAUACGCGGUGCUCGUUAGAAUAUUAGAUGAAAUAAAUAGGCAGCUGCCAGAUUACAAGCCGAGGAGUUUCUUUGAUUUCGGAUCGGGGGUCGGUACAGGAACUUGGGCUGUGAACACUUACUGGAAAGGCGAUAUAUUUGAAUACUUUACUGUGGACACAUCCACACAUAUGAACGACUUAGCUCAACUCAUUUUAUGCCAAGGUCGUGAUAAUGUGGAAAUGCCAUUCAAAGCGUACUUCCAAAGACAAUUCCUGCCAGCUUCAACUGAUCUGAAGUACCACAUAGUGCUGUCAGCGUUCACAUUAUUUGAAAUGCCCGAUAUGAAGAGCCGUCUAGAAACUAUACAGAAGCUUUGGAAUAAGACUGAAGAUUUUUUAAUAAUUGUCGAACACGGUAGCAAUGCUGGCUUCAGGGUCGUGAAUGAGGCGAGAGAAUUCGUUUUGAAUUCCACACAACAAGACCAGGGUUAUGCAUUUGCUCCGUGUCCUAACGACAAUGUAUGCCCUCGGUAUUUAGAGCACCAGACGCCUUGUAACUUCCUAAUGAAGUAUGAGACAUUGCCGUUCCCUUCAAAAACCGAAGUUAUGGCUGAGUUAUUCUCGUAUGUUAUUUUAAGGAAAGGUGCGAGACCGUCCAAUGAUCCCGGUUGGCCGAGGGUGGUUAGGGCUCCAAUAGUAAGAUCAGGCCACACUAUUUGUAGAAUGUGCACAGCGAAGGGUGAAUUAGAGGAAGUGAUUUUCUCAAAAGCCAAAUAUGAUCAGAAGACUUACCGAUGUGCCAGAUCUUGCAACUGGGGUGAUCUGCUGCCCGUGAAAUAAAAAAUUUUAUCCCAUAA